UCUCGCUCUCGCCUCUCAAGGUUGCGUCACAGUAGUAGUGAAUGGCUCUUCUUCUCUUAUUAUGUUGCUUCUUUACCGCUCUUUCUCUUGCUCAUGGAGCUUCAACUAUUUACAUUCCUCCUACUCAGCCUCCCACAGCUUCUGAGAAUAUCGGGUUUGAAAAUCCUGCAAUGAGAUUUAUAGUGGCCGAAGCGCCAUUAAACGGACCUUUUUACAAUAACCCUCAAGUGACUGAAGAUACUUCAGUAGCUUUAGCUGCUCAAAGAACAUUCAGAAAAGAUCCUCUAAAUGGUUUCCAGAAAUAUACUGGAGGAUGGAAUAUCAGCAAUCACCAUUACUGGGCUUCUGUGAGCUAUACAGCUGUUCCUCUCUUUGUUGUUGCUGCUGUUUGGUUUCUUGGGUUUGGUAUCUGUUUAUUGGUUAUCUGUAUCUGUCACAUAUGCCAUAGAAGCAAAUCUAUUGGAUACUCAAAAGUUGCUUAUGUUGUCUCCCUCAUUUUCCUCCUCUUCUUCACUCUUAUGGCAAUAAUCGGAUGUCUUCUGCUAUACUCCGGUCAGGUCAGGUACAACAAAAGCACUACAGAGACAUUAGAGUACGUCAUGAGCCAAGCCGAUAGUACAGUUUCACAGCUUAGAGCUAUUUCGGAUUAUCUUGCUUCAGCAAAGCAGAUUGCAGUUCUUCAGGUCUCUUUACCUGCAAAUGUCCAAACUGAAAUCGAUCAAAUUGGAGCGAAGCUGGAUUCUUCUGUAGCCACGAUCACUGAGAAAACCACUAAUAGCUCCAAUGACAUUAGACAUUUCCUUGAUUCCGUGAAGGUGGCGCUUAUUGUAGUUUCAAUCGUCAUGCUUGUCUUGAUAUUUCUUGGUCUUGUUUCUUCAAUCUUCGGGAUGCAGGUCAUCGUUUACACCCUUGUGAUUCUUGGUUGGAUUUUGGUGACUGGUACAUUCAUCUUGAGCGGAAUAUUCCUUCUGCUACACAAUGCAACUGCAGACACAUGUGUAGCAAUGAGUGAAUGGGUAGAGAGACCCUCAAGCAACACGGCUCUUGACGAGAUCUUGCCUUGUACAGACAAUGCCACAGCUCAGGAAACUUUGAUGCGUGGCAGAGAGGUGACGGGUCAGCUCGUGGAUCUCAUCAACACAGUCAUCACUAAUGUCUCCAACAUCAACUUCUCUCCAGUCUUUGUCCCAAUGUACUACAACCAGUCUGGACCGUUGCUUCCAUUGCUCUGCAAUCCCUUUAACCAUGACCUCACCGAUCGUCCUUGCUCACCUGGUGAGCUCGAUUUGAACAAUGCUACUCAAGCAUGGAGCACUUUCGUGUGCCAAGUGAACCCAAACGGGACUUGCUUAACAACUGGGAGGCUCACACCGGCAUUGUACGGUCAGAUGGCAUCAUGUGUGAACAUAAGCACCGGGUUGAUCAGAGACGCACCAUUCCUGGUCCAGCUUCAGGAUUGCUCAUACGCAAAGCAGACCUUUAGAGACAUAACCAAUGAUCAUUGUCCAGGACUCACGCGUUAUGGCUAUUGGGUCUAUGUGGGUCUGGCGAUAUUAUCAACGGCUGUGAUGCUCUCACUUAUGUUCUGGAUCAUCUACAGUAGAGAGAGACGGCACCGGAAGCAAGCUUUGCCAGAAUAUUCAGAAAGUAAAGAGAUUGUAAGAGUUAACUUUUGAUGUAUCUCUUGUUAACAGUCUUUGUAGAUUAUGAGCAGUGUGUUAUAAGUCCCAAGACACUUAAUUUGUGAUUCCCAUGUAUGAACGUAUCUU